AUUUCUUUCUUUUCUUCCCUAACAGAUAUGGCUGUUCAGAAUUUUGUAGGAGAUGCAUUUAGAGGAGCAACCUGGGUUGCCUUACACAAUGGCGGUGGUGUUGGCUGGGGAGAAGUGAUCAAUGGAGGAUUUGGUCUUGUCCUGGAUGGUUCAGCAGGUGCUGAAGAGCGUGCAAAGAUGAUGCUGAACUGGGAUGUUUCUAAUGGGGUUGCUAGACGCUGUUGGUCUGGCAACAGCAAUGCUUAUGAAACCAUCUGUCAAGCCAUGGACAAAGACAAGACUCUGAAAGUGACACUUCCACAUAAGGUGAUAGAUGACAGCAUCUUGGAACAAGCUCUGAGUUGUUAAUUAUACACUCACCAUUUAUUCUGCCUUUUCUGAACCAGGCUCUGAUUGCUACUUUCAUCCUGUUCUACCCAAAAGCUUUCAUUUAUGAUGCAAUAAAAUAAUGGUUGAAUUUAUCUUUCAGGAAAGUAACACUAAAAUAAAUCAGCAUUAAUAACAUUA